AUGGCGUAUAUCCAGUUGGAACCAAUAAAUGAGGGCCUGUUGUCUAGAAUCUCGGAUCUCUUGCUGUGCAGAUGGACUUGCAGGAAUUGCUGUCAGAAGUGUUACGACUGUAGCUGUUGCCAGUCGAGCGAAGAUGAAGUGGAAAUCCUGGGGCCUUUUCCAGCACAGACGCCACCUUGGCUGGUAAGCAGUCGAAGUGAGGAGAAAGAUGGAGAUUCUGACAACAUGACAACGAGCGAACCUCCCCCGACACCUCAGGAAAGAAGGAGGUCCUCUACAGAUACGUCUAAGUCCACUUACAGCCUCGCGAGGCGGAUUUCAAAUCUGGAGCUGAGGCGGCCGAGUUCCCCGUUGAUCGACAUUAAACCGAUUGAGUUCGGGAUUUUAGGCGCCAAAAAAGAAAUAGUUCAGCCUUCCAUCUUGAGGAAACCUUACACUUCAGACGACUAUUUCAGAAAGUUUGAGCCCAGACUCUAUUCCCUUGACUCGAACAGUGAUGACGUGGAUUGCCUGACGGACGAGGAGAUCUUAGCCAAGUACCAGCUGGGCAUGCUGCAUUUUAGUACUCAGUACGACCUCUUGCACAACUACCUAAUUGUCAGGGUCAUCGAGGGAAAGGAUCUGCCCCUUCCUGUUUCCUAUGACGGCUCCAGGCAGGACAUGGCUCAUUCCAACCCUUACGUGAAGAUCUGCCUCCUUCCGGACCAGAAGAACUCCAAGCAGACGGGAGUUAAGCGCAAAACCCAAAACCCCGUGUUUGAGGAGAGGUAUACCUUUGAAAUCCCCUUUUUGGAAGCCCAGAGGAGAACCCUGCUCUUGACUGUAGUGGAUUUUGACAAAUUCUCACGCCACUGUGUCAUUGGGAAAGUGUCUAUGCCCUUGAGCGAGGUGGACCUUGUUAAGGGCGGGCACUGGUGGAAGGCCCUGGUCCCCAGUUCUCAGAAUGAAGUUGAGCUGGGAGAACUCCUGCUAUCCUUGAACUACCUUCCCAGUGCAGGAAGACUGAAUGUAGAUAUCAUUAGGGCAAAACAGCUGCUUCAGACGGACAUGAGCCAAGGCUCAG